AUGCUUGCCCCCUUCACUGGUUCGUCUCCUCCAGACCUUCUUCCGUUCGAUCUCUCCCUCCACUUCCCCGACAGGCCCCUCCUCCCUGCAUCCGCAACAAGCCUCGGACUGCCUUCCACCCCUUCUCCUCUGAAGCUCGCCGUACAGCCAACAGAGACGCUCAAUGAUAUCCGUAUGACCCUAGCGGAUAGCCCUGAAGGCUACUGGCUCGGUGCAUACUGCUUCCGUAGAGCUCCCUCUGCUCCUUCGACACAGGUCAAUGGAUCGGGUGCUCAUGCCAAGUCUCAGGGAGAAAAGGUGGGAGAGUGGGUUGAGCUGAGGGAAGUGUUCGAGGGAGUUGCAAAGGAGGAGAGGGAUCUGUACAUCUCUUAUGCUCCGUUCAACGAAGCAGAAGCUAGAGGCCAUCUUCAGCGUCUGCGAGACCUCCUCUCACCGAGCCACCAAGACUCCACGACCCCAGCCAUCGAUGCAGGUAUGAGCGUCCAAGAUGCCGUCAGGCAUCCUGACCUCUGGACAAAGGAGGCGACUGGAUUCGCUGCUGCUCAAGCAGCCGCUGUGAACAAGGCCAAGGGCAGUAAGCUUCCAGCACCAGAUCUCGCCGAGGAGGCAGGAAAGACCCCCUUUCAAGACUGGUCAGCGGACGGUAUUCACGGCGACUAUCAAUCGCUCGCUCGUCUUGUGCCACAACAAGCACGCCCGCUGCGCUUCUUCCCUACCUGUCUUCGCAACCUCGCCAUCUCCAGCUGGUCACCGCCGCCCCAGCAUCUCAAGGUGCGGGGCCAGCUGCUCUACCUCCAGGUAGGCACACUCGAAGGCGAGACCAUCUUCAUCACUGCCUCUACCCACGGCUUCUACGUCAACCGCUCCACAUCCUCCAAGUUCGACCCCUCGCCCCGACCGAAUGGAGAAGACUACCACAGCAACUCGCUCUUCGAUCUUCUCUGCGGCUACUCUGCCCAAUUCUUGUCCAACUUUGCCAAGAUCUUCAACGACCCUCUGUCCGUCAGGGAUUUCUUUGCCGUCGUUCCCUUGUCGAACUGCGUCCCUGCCGCCCCUUGGCUCGCCCGCAGUCAUAACCACACCGCCGAUGCUCUUCGCCCCCAGACGGCUUUCCUCCUGACGGGCACAACCUCCCUCGAUUCAUUGGAGGGUACUCGGGAUUGGAACGAAGAGAUCCAGUCAGCUCGCGAACUGCCUCGAUCUAGUCUUCCUGAGCGUCACAUCAGGGAGCGCGCCCUGGCUCGUCUUUACUCUGAGUUCUCCAAGUCGGCCGCCAACGCUGUUCCCAAGGUGGCCGCAGGCGAAGUGCAAGCCCUCAAUCCGAUGGACAAGCUCGAGGCCCAGAUGUUCUGUGUCAACAAUCUCUUCAUCUCGCGCGGCGUGGAUGGUGUUGACAUUUACCCUUAUCUCGGAGGUGACGAAGCUGCCCAUGUCGCUGUCAGCAAGGAUGUGCAGGGCAUCAGAGUGCUCAAUUCGCUUGACGUGGAGGGCCUUUGCCUUCUGGGCACGGUAGUUGUAGACUGGCAGGGAGAGAGAUGGGUGGCUCAAAGCAUCAUUCCCGGUCUCUUCAGGAAGAGGGACGAGGAGGAUGUAGAGGUGCUCAAGGAGGACGGAGAGAAGGUCGAGGCAGAGGCAGAAUCCAAGUCGGCGACUGAGACUGCCAAGAAGUCCGACGGCAAGGCCGAUCCUCUGGAGGAUACCCAGGUCGUCUACGGCGGUGUGGAGGGUCCAGAGGUGAUCCGCACCAACGCCUCAUUCCACAAGGUCUUUGAGCAAGUGGCAAAGUCACUGCACCUGUCCAAGCACCCCGUCAAGGAUGCCAAGAGCGUCUCUCACGACCUGUGGCUCAGUGUCGACUCCAAGGGUCUUCGAGGCGCUGAUGGUCGAAAGUACGCUCUCGAUGUCGCUAGGCUGGCUCCAGUCGAUGUCGAAUUUGCAGAAAAGGACCUAGAGGGCUCUAUCCUGGAGGGCGACGGCAGUGCAGCCGACAGAUAUCCUCAUGAGAUGAUCCUGCUCCGACCUGAGCUGCUGGAGAUCUACUGGGACUCGCAAUUCCGCUCGUGGGCACGCGAGCAGCUCAGCAAGAAGCAGAAGGAGAAGGACGACGAGCUGGAGAAGAAGGCUGCCCUAGAGAACGGCACUGAGAAGAAGGCUAUUGAGAAUGGCGACGUGCCAGCGGAGAGCUCUGAACCCUCAGCUGAGAAAGAGGAGCAAGCGACCGAGCCUACUAUCGACUCGUCUGCCUUCGACCUGUCCUUCAACCCAGACGCUUUCGUCAAAUUCAAGCCGCCGACAGAAGACCCUUCCAGUGCCGCUCCGAUGAUCACAGACGAGUCAGACCCUUCGGUAGCCGCCGUCCGUGCAGCUUCCAAGUACCUCCGUGAUUCGGCGAUCCCGCGACUCGUUACCGAUGUCGCAUUCGGCGUCGUCUCGCCGGUCGACGGUCAGUCUCUGUCGAGGCAGAUGCACGUGCGCGGCAUCAACAUGCGCUAUCUGGGUACCCUCGCCCACUUGGCCCAUCCUUCCCAGCAUGGAAGGCUUGAUCAAGAGGUUCUCAAGCGCUGUGGACCUGGUCACAACGUCUCAUUGAGGAUUCUCCGAGACAUUGCUCUGCAGGAGAUGGUUCUGCGAAGCGCCAAGCGCAUCCUGGCAUCAUUGCUCAAGGCGAGCGCUACAGCAGAUAUCACUGCCUGCGUUUCUCACUUCCUCAACUGCCUGCUGGGUACUGCUCGGGAGGCUUCUCCCACCGCCGAGUGGACCCCAUCGCCAUUCGAGGACUCUUCCUUCACACCGACAUGGGUUCAGCUCACUCCUGAGACACUGUCUCAGCGCAUCCAAGGCGAAGUCAGGAAAAGAUUCAGGCUCGAACUGCCUGCAGACUACCUCAAAACUCAGGUGAGGAAGCCUCAGCUACUGCGUGAGCUGUGCAUGCGUUCGGGUAUCCAGCUCAGGCUACGGGACUACGCUUUCGAGGCGCUACCAACGACAAAUGGUGUUCACGCCAACGACUCUGCCCAAGCUACCACAUCGGACGCAGAGGCCUCGGCUAAUGCUAGCGCCAAUGAUAGCAGUGCGGCAAAGAAGAAGAAGAAGAGCACGGGGGCCAAGAAGAUCGCUAAAGAGUCGGAAAAGAAGGCUCAGACUACCACUUUCACAGCUGACGACGUGCUCAACAUGGUGCCGGUGAUUAAGGACUCGGCCUCGACGAGCAAAGUUGCCGAGGAUGCCUUUGAGACCGGCAGGAUUACCAUCAUGUCUCGUGGUGAUCGUGAGCUCGGUGUGGAUUUGCUCCUCGAGGGUCUUUCCUUCCACGAGACGAUCUACGGUAUGGCCCACCCUGAAACGGCUCGCUGCUAUGCCCUCUUUGCCGCUGUGGUGCACCAAUUCUCUGGCAUCAUCAAUGCCGAGACUGCCGCCAAGAUUCGCGAAGAGCAAGAGAAGCAGGGCACAGAAGACGUUCAGGUCGAGCUACCGGCGUACACCGAGCACCUCUCUGGCGCUACCGCUUUGCGAUAUCAGCGACAGGCAGUGACCAUCUCUGAGCGAACACUGGGUCUGGACCACACCGAGACAUUGGCUCAGUGGGCUUCGCUGGCCAUCUUGGAGCGAGCAGAAGGCAACUUUGAGGCUGCACUCCGAUGCCAGGCCCGAGUCCUCGAGCUGCAAGAUAUCAUCAUUGGUCAAGUGCACCCAGAGCGCAUUUCUGCCCUGUCCAACCUGGCUACGACGUUGCAGAAUGCCCGCAACUUCGAAGUCUCCCUCAAGGUCUUCCAAAGCGCUCACCAGCUCGCCUUGGAUCUCUUUGGACCGGACAAUCUCCACACUGCCAACCAGGCCUUUGAGCUCUGCCAGGCCCAGAGUCUCGUGGGCGACUUGCGCACCGCCCUCGACACUCUCAAGGAGAGUGUUCGAAUCUUCGAAGCCGAGUACGGCAAGGACCAUCCUUCCACAAAGGAGGCCGCUUCCUUCCUCAGUCGACUUGCCGCCGCCGCCGUACGUGUAGCCAAGUCGGAGCAGAGUCAAAAAGCUCGCGAGGCUCGCUCCGGCAACCUUCUCAAGGGAGCCGCCGCCGCCAUCAACGCCUCGCGCGGUAGCGGCGUGGGCUCCGUAGGCUCUGGAGCAGCGGCAGCCGGUCAACUGAGCGUGGAUGAAUUGGUCAAGUACAUUUCUGGUGGGGGAGCAGCCAAGAGUGCAAAGGGUAAAAAGUCGGCAGGAUCUAGAACCAAGACUAGCGCCACCAGUGGUAGUAGUGGUAGUGGUAGUGGUAGUGCAAGGAAGGGAUUGUAACGAGGGACAGAACAAAAGGGAAGACGACUGCUGUUCUUCUUUUUCGCGUCCUCGCAGACGUUCGAAUACCGUGCACACUGCCUUUUAGUCUAUACAUACGGGAUUCAACACCACUCACUCAGCAUAUACGUUACGUUACGUUUUUUUCGUUCCUUUGGCCGUUCCUUUGGCAAAGAAGAAGAAGAAGAGGAAGGGAAGGAAGAGUGGGGAAGGAGGCAGU